UGAAAUUCAAAUGUGUUUUAUUUCUAUUUUGAUUCAGGGUUCAAUUCAAGUUUCUUUCAGCUUAAUAUUAAUACUUGUACAUUUCGAAUACAAAGUCUACAAAUUUGAAAUGUAAUUCAAAUGCAUUAAGUGCUUGACGCCCCACCCAAACCCGUUGCAGUGAAUAUGCGUAAAUGGGUAAUUGUUCUUGGCACCAGGAAUAACUUGGCUCGCCUUUUUUCUGUCAAAUUUGAUAUAUGCGCAACCAGCAUUUUAGCUUGUUGACAAUAAAGUUCUUUAAUGCACAUUAAAUAUGAUUGAUAAGCGCCUGGACAGCUCAGCAAGUUGGUCUCAAAUUCUCAAAGUUCAGUCGUCAAGCUGACCUCCGCCUUUACAGUACGUUAUUUAUUUAAACAAAGGUAUUGCAUUUGAAGAACAGCUGCUGCCAGUGUAUCCAGGAAUCGGUUGCUAAUUCAGCCAAAUUUUAAUUAUGAUUCCAGAUAAAUAUAAUAUAAUCGAUUACCAUUCUCUUGCAUCGCAAUUAAAUGAUAAGGCAUUAUCUUUCAAAUAAAAGCGACACUCUUCCAUGAAACCAUACUCAAUCAUACGGCAUGGAUAUUUUGGACGCAUUGCUGCCACUGCAUCGUGUCUGUCAACUGUGCAACCUGUGGCAGUGGCGAGUAGAUACUUCAUUUACACGGAAGCUACAAUUUUCACGGUGGCUGCAAUUCUACGGCUGUGUGGUAUUGAUGCUGUCCAGCGGAUACUUGUUGUACGACCUGUUUAAUGACAUUCCCACAGCGGGUGCGGAUGUGGAUGCAGAAAUGGAUGCCGAUUCCAAUCAGAAGCGCAAUAUUGGGUACACUGUUGACUUCAUACAGCUGGUGGGCAUACGUGUGGCACAUGUAACGGCGCUUCUGGAGGCACUGUGGCAGCGUCAAGCUCAGAGCCGCUUCUUUACCGAGGUGCGCGAGAUUGAUCACAAAUUUGCCAGUGCCCUGCAUCUGGACGUGGACAAUGGCCAACUGCGCCGUCGAAUGAUUCGACGUGCUAUGUGGAUCCUCUCCGGUUAUGUGAUCAGUCAGGGCUUCAUUCUGUUGACCAAAAUGCUUGCGUCUGAAGGCCACUUUGUUAUAUAUUGGCUGUGCUAUUUGUUGCCGCUGCUGGUUUGUGGUGUGCGCUAUUUUCAGAUCUACACGGCCAUCCUCAUUGUCCAGCAGCGUCUGGAGAUGCUGCAGCGCAUGCUAGAGUCAUUGCAGCUGUCAGAGUCGGAGCCGCAGAAGCCAUAUGUCUGCAUGAGCAUUAAGGAGCAACUCGAAAUGGAGGCGGACGCAGCCGGCUGCAUGCAGCGUCUUUUGUCCGCCAGGGUGCUAUAUCAACGGAUUUGGAUGCUGGUCUCUCACCUGAAUAGCUGCUAUGGCUUAUCCAUGCUAAUCAAUUUGGGCAACGAUUUUCUGGCGAUUACCUCCAACUGUUAUUGGAUGUUCUUGAACUUUCGCCAGUUUACUGCCUCACCCUUUGAUUUUCUGCAAAUUGUGGGAAGCACCGUGUGGUCGGCACCGCAUCUGGUCAACGUCCUCGUUCUGGCUCUAAUGUGCGAGCGUGCCGCCUAUUUUACGACGCGUUUGGCUUUGAGUCUGCAUCACAUCCGCGUGGAUCUGCAGAAUGAACUCCACAAUGCACUGAUCACACAGUUCUCACUGCAACUACUGCAUCAGCGACUCCAAUUCAGCGCCGCCGGUUUCUUCAACGUCGACUGCACGCUCCUCUACACAAUUGUUGGAGCCACAACAACCUAUUUGAUCAUCCUGAUACAGUUCCACAUGAGCGAGAGCAGCAACAGAGGUUCGGCUAGCGGAUAAAGUUCAUUAUAAAAUCUGAAAUAAAUCACAAAUAAAUCUGAAAAUCUGGUUAAGCCUCGAAUAUUGAAAAAUCAUGAAUGCACCUCA